CCAUUCCACAAUAAAAAACCAUAUCUCCACUUUCAAGUUUCAACCCAAUAAACAAACCCUAACCUUCUUCCAUCCAUCCAUCCAUCAUGAACUCAACCAACUCAUUCAUGUAAUUCUUCAUCUUCACCAUCAUCAAUGGAGGAACAAAGACACAUACUACCAGGAGGCAAGUAUGAAAAAGGAAAACUCAUCGGAACCGGCACCUUCGCCAAGGUCUACCACGGCAGAGAACUCGCCACCGGCGAAAGCGUCGCCAUUAAAGUCAUCAACAAAGAUCAAGUCAAAGAUCAAGGCAUGGUUGAACAGAUCCAGCGAGAAAUCUCCGCCACACGUCUCCUCCGUCAUCCUCACAUCGUCGAGCUUCGUGAAGUUCUAGCAACAAAAUCUAAGAUCUAUUACGUCAUGGAGUAUGUUUCCGGUGGUGAGCUUUUCGCAAAGGUCGCACGUGGCGGACGUGUGAAGGAAGACGUUGCUCGUAAGUAUUUCCAGCAGUUAAUCUCCGCCGUUGAUUUCUGCCAUAGCCGCGGUGUGUCUCAUCGUGAUAUUAAACCGGAAAACCUGCUGUUAAACAGUAAUGAUGAUUUGAAAAUAACUGAUUUCGGAUUCUCUGCUCUGCCGGAACAGAAGCGUUACGAUGGACUGCUGCACACGCAGUGUGGCACGCCUGCUUACGUGGCACCGGAGGUGUUACGGAAGAAAGGAUACGACGGUGCGAAGGCGGAUAUCUGGUCAUGCGGCGUCGUUUUGUACGUUUUGUUAGCCGGAUUUUUACCGUUUCACGAUGAGAAUAUUAUGAAUCUGUACCGGAAGAUUUUCAAAGCAGAGUAUGAGUUUCCGCCGUGGUUCACCGCGGAGACACGGAAGCUGAUCUCGAAGAUAUUAAUGGCGGAUCCGGAGCGGCGGAUCUCGAUUCAAGGAAUCCAGCGUGUGUCGUGGUACCGGCGAGGUCCGCCACGUCAGAUCUCGUUCCGGUUGAAAACCGAACGAGUUACGCCGUCGGAUCCGGCGGCCGGAACGUUGAAGAAAUCAACAUCGUCGCCGUCGUUUUUCAACGCUUUUGAGCUGAUUACAUCGAUGUCGUCUGGAUUCGAUCUAUCGACGUUGUUCGAGAGCAAGGAGAAGAAGAAGGUAGCAUCGAUAUUCACGUCGAAGUGUUCAGCGGCGGCGAUUGUUGAGCGGAUAACGGCGGCGGCAAAGGUGUUGAGGUUUAGCGUUGAGAAGGAGGAGGAUUUUAAGCUGCGGAUGGAGGCGGCGGAGGAAGGGCGGAAAGGAGCGUUGGUGGUUACGGCGGAGGUAUUUGAGAUGGCGACGGAGAUGACGGUUGUGGAGUUUUUGAAGGAUUCCGGUGACACGUUGGAGUAUGAAAAGUUCUGUGAGGAGGACGUUAGACCGGCGUUAAAGGAUAUUGUUUGGACGUGGCAAGGUGAUGACUGCAAUUCCAAUUCCAGUGUUAACAGUGACGGUAACGGUGAAGGUGACGGUUACUGUUAAAUUGAUUGUUUUAUGUAAAACAUUAUAUUUUGCUAAUUAUUGAUUUACAGCUCCCAAACAAAAUAUUAUUUGUAUGACUAUUCAAAUCUUUUUGGUUUA